AUGGAUGGACAACAGUCAAACAAGACCCAUAGAGGUCAGUCCACCAAAAACACUGCAAAGAAGAAGCUACACACUCAAGGUCAUAAUGCUAAAGCUUUUGCAGUUUCUGCUCCAAGAAAGCUAGAACGUAUGGCUAGAAGAUCCCAUGAUGUGAAAGAAAGAAAGUUACAUGUUCCUAUGGUUGAUAGAACCCCUGAUGAUGAUCCUCCUCCAGUCAUUGUUGCUGUUGUUGGUCCUCCAGGUACUGGUAAAACCACAUUGAUUAGAUCAUUAGUUAGAAGAUUAACAAAACAUACUUUAAGUGAUAUAAAUGGUCCUAUCACUGUUGUUUCUGGUAAACGUCGUCGUUUAACUUUCAUUGAAGUGGCUAAUGAUUUGAAUUCCAUGAUUGAUGCAGCCAAAAUUGCGGAUUUAGUUUUAUUAUUGAUUGAUGGUAAUUUUGGUUUGGAAAUGGAAACUAUGGAAUUUUUAAAUAUUGCUCAACAUCAUGGUAUGCCUAGAGUCCUUGGUGUUACUACACAUUUAGAUCUAUUCAAAUCUCAAUCAACUUUAAGAACUUCCAAGAAAAGAUUAAAACAUAGAUUCUGGACCGAAGUUUAUCAAGGUGCUAAAUUAUUUUACCUAAGUGGUGUUAUAAAUGGUAGAUACCCAGAUAGAGAAAUUUUAAACUUGUCAAGAUUCAUAUCAGUCAUGAAAUUCAGACCUUUGAAAUGGAGAAAUGAACAUCCUUAUUUAUUGGCUGAUAGAAUAACAGAUUUAACACAUCCAGCUUUAAUAGAAGCUAAUAAAAAAGUUGAUAGAAAAGUUGCCAUCUAUGGUUAUUUACAUGGUGUUCCAUUACCUUCAUCAAAUGCAAGAAUUCAUAUAGCUGGUGUUGGUGAUUAUACAGUUUCAUCCGUGGAAAAAUUACCAGAUCCUUGUCCAACUCCAUAUUUUGAACAAAAAUUGGAAGAAUUAGAAAGGGAAAGACAAAAACAAGCACUUGAAAAUGGGGAAGUUGCAGCUAAAACUACAAGAAGACGUAAGAGAUUAGAUGAUAAACAAAAAAUCAUUUACGCACCAAUGUCUGAUGUUGGUGGUGUUCUUGUUGAUAAAGAUGCUGUUUAUAUUGAUGUUGGUCAAGCUUCUUUUGUCCCAGGUGAAGAGAAAGGUUUUGGUGAAAAAAUGGUUACUGGGUUACAAGGUGUUGAAAAAACAAUUGAUGAAAGAUUUAAAGAAGGUCCAGGUUUACAACUUUUCUCUAAUAGUAAAAAAAUGAAUGGGGUUGAUGAAGAAGAAGAAGAUCAAAGUGAAGACGAGAGUGAAGAAGAGGAAGAUGAACAAGAAGGUGUCAAUACUGGUAGAGCUUCAUUGCGUAAGCCAAGAGUCUAUGGUAAACCAUUGAAUGAGGAAGAUGACGUUGAUCUAGGUUCUGAUGAAGAAUUGGAAGAUGAAGGUGAAGAAGCUAGACGUCAAUUGGUUGAAAUUGAUUUUGAUGAGAACAAAGCCACUGAAGAUUAUGACUUGGAAAGUGCAUCUGAAUUAGAUGACGAUGAUGAAGAAGGUGGUUGGAGAUCAUCCGCUUCAAGAUUACAAGGUUCUGUUCAAAGAAAAUGGGAUAUCACAAAGUUGAUCUAUUUGAAUAAUAUUGAUCCAGCUGAUGCUAUCCGUAGAUGGAAGGAUGAAGAAGUUGAUGAGAAUGAAUCAGAAGAAGAUAUUGAAGACGAUGAGGAAGAUUUUUUCACACAGGCAUCAAAUGGUGCAUCAACUUCAAAUCAUGAUUUAGAUACUUCUAUUCCACAACUUCCAACUAUUGAUGAAUUGAAAGCCAAAUGGAAUAUUGAUAAUAUCAAAAAUUUGCAAUCAAGAUUUUUCAUUUCAACUAAAAGAAUUUUAAAUAAUGAAGAUGGUGAAGGUGAAGAAGGUGAUGACGAUGAAGAAUUAUAUGGUGAUUUUGAAGAUCUUGAAGAAACUGAAGAACAAGGCGCAAAGCAACCAAGUUCUGAUAAUGAAGAUGGUGAUGAUUUCCCAGAUUUUGAUGCUGAAGAGCAAAAAGGUGAUGAUCAAAGUGAAGGUGAUGAAGAGGAAGAAGAAGAGGAGGAAGAAGAGGAAGCAUUUGAUCCAUCAUUAUCAUUAGAUGAAAGACGUGCCUUGAAUGCUAAAAAGAAGGAAAAAUUAAGAUUACAAUUUGAAGCCGAAGAAGGUGGUCAAGAAGUUGGUAUGAAUGAUUUCGAAAAUGAGGAAGAUACUUGGUAUGACUUGCAAAAAGCCAAAACAGCCAAACAGUUGGAUAUCAACAAGGCUGAAUUUGAUGCCAUGGAUCCUGCAACACGUUCAAGAAUUGAAGGUUAUAGAGCAGGUUCUUAUGUUCGUUUAGUUUUCGAAAAAGUUCCACCUGAACUUAUUGAAAAUUUUAAUCCAAAAUUCCCUCUUGUAUUGGGUGGGUUAUUAGCAAGUGAAGAAAGAUUUGGUUAUAUGAGCGCAAGAAUAAGAAGACAUAGAUGGCAUAAAAAAAUCUUGAAAUCAAAUGAUCCUUUAAUUUUAUCACUUGGUUGGAGAAGAUUCCAAACUUUACCAGUUUAUACAACAUCUGAUUCAAGAACAAGAAAUAGAAUGUUGAAGUAUACUCCAGAACAUGCACAUUGUUUCACUGCAUUUUAUGGUCCAUUAGUGGCACCGGGUACAAAUUUCUGUGGUGUUCAAGUUGUUGCUAAUAGUGAUACCACUGGUUCUUUUAGAAUCGCAGCUACUGGUACUGUGGAAGAGAUUGAUACAUCAAUUGAAAUUGUCAAGAAGUUGAAAUUAGUUGGUCAUCCUUACAAGAUUUUCAGAAAUACUGCAUUUAUAAAAGAUAUGUUUAAUUCCAAAUUAGAAGUUGCCAAGUUUGAAGGGGCUCAAAUCAAGACCGUUUCAGGUAUUAGAGGUGAAAUAAAACGUGCGUUAAAAGCACCAGAAGGUCAUUUCAGAGCUACAUUUGAAGAUAAGAUCAUUUUGAGUGAUAUUAUUAUCAUGAGAACUUGGUAUCCUGUUAAUGUUAAGAAAUUUUAUAAUCCUGUUAGUUCACAUCUAUUGAGUGAUCAUGGUGAAUGGAAAGGUAUGAGAUUAACUGGUCAAAUCAGGGCUGCUAAUAAUAUUGAGUUGAAGAAUUAUCCAAACAGUACUUAUGGUAAGAUUGAAAGAGCUGAAAGACAUUUCAAUGGAUUAAAAGUUCCUAAAUCUAUUAAAGCUGAUUUACCAUUUAAAUCACAAAUCCAUGAAAUGAAACCACAAAAGAAGAAGACUUAUAUGGCCAAGAGAGCUGUUGUUUUGAAUGGUGAAGAAAAGAAAGCUAGAGAAUUGAUGCAAAAAUUGGCUACAAUUUCAAAAGCUAAAGAUGAAAAGAGAAGAUCCACAAAAGAUGAAAAAAGAAAAGAAAGAUUGAAAAAACUUGCCAAAUUGGAAGAAACAAAGAUUGAAAAAGAUAAAGAACGUAAGAAGGAAUUUUUUGCUAAAGCUGGUAAGAAGAGAGGUUUCAAUGGUGAUGAAAGUGGUGGUAAAAAACGUCGUACUUGA